AUGGUCUACCCGGCAAGGUGUUUGCUCACCUGGCGCUGGGGUGUGGUCCUGCUCUCGCUGCUCAGCCUGGCUGCCUUGCUUCGGCCUAGGGAAGCACUCGCAAGCAGCGCGACCCAUGUGGUAGUUGCUGGCGACGCCCCAUUCGAGCGGCCGGCCGAGGUUGCGGACCUAUCUGCCCUUGACACCCUGGUGUCUGGCUGCGACCCCAACUGCACAGAUUGCGUGUCCGGUGUCUGCAGUGCCUGUCGCAGUGGCUACUACCUGCACUUCUUCGGCCCCGGAUUCCCCUGUGUCACACAAUGCCCCCCUACUCACCCGGUCAUCUUACAUACCUCCAAAGCCACGAUAUGCUGGCAUACCGGGCAGAUUCCCGGGUGCAGUGUCAUGCGUCUUGAUGACAAUCAGAUUUACACAUGUGAGCAGUGCCUGCCCGGCUGGACGGCUUCCGGGGGCGCUUGCAUCAACUGCCCCAGCACUUGCGACGCCUGCACCAGCACCACCGCAUGCACCUCCUGCCAGAGCGACUACUUUCUCACCGGGUCAUCCUGUGUGAGCACCUGCCCCGCCGGCACCUUCCCAGAUAGUGGGAGCAGGAAAUGCGCCCUCUGCCCGCCUGGCUGCUCCGUCUGCAGCGAUGCGUCUACCUGCUCGGCCUGCGAGCCGGGCUUCUUCCUCAGCGGCAGCUCCU